UCCACCUCCACCUCCACCUCUCGCUCCCGCCACCGCCACCGCCCCCACACCCUCCACCGGCCCCGUGCAUGAAACCCUAGCCCUAAACCCCCACCCCAUCCUCGCCGUCCCCUCCUCCCCGGCGAUGGCCAAGGCGCUGCUCUCCUCCCCCUCGUCCCUACUCCCCGCGCUGCCCCGCGCCGGCGGGGGCGCCGCGGGCCUGCUCCCGCCGCUCCGGCUCCGCCCGGCCCGCCGGCGCGCCGCGGCGUGCGCCGUGAGGGCGGGCCUCCACGGGCUCGACUCGCUCGGGGUCGGGGCCCCCCACCUCCAGGCCGCGCUGGAGCGCGCCGAGGCCGCGCUUUACACGCUCGCGGACGCCGCCGUCGUCGCGGCCGACGCCGCGGCCGGGGGAGGGGACGCGGGGCAGGCGGCCACGGAGGUGCAGAAGAACGGCGGGUGGUUCGGCUUCAUCUCCGAGGCCCUCGAGGUCGUGCUCAAGGUGCUCAAGGAUGGCCUUUCAGCAGUUCAUGUGCCGUACUCUUAUGGUUUUGCAAUCAUUCUGCUCACAAUCCUUGUCAAGGCUGCGACAUUGCCUCUAACCAAAAAGCAGGUGGAAUCAACUCUGGCAAUGCAGAAUUUACAGCCUCAGAUUAAGGCAAUCCAGCAGAGAUAUGCAGGCAACCAGGAAAGGAUACAGCUAGAGACUGCUCGGUUAUAUAGGCAAGCUGGAGUCAACCCCUUAGCAGGAUGUUUUCCAACACUGGCAACAAUACCUGUCUGGAUUGGCCUUUACCAAGCCCUUUCAAAUGUAGCGAAUGAGGGGCUGUUGACUGAAGGAUUUUUCUGGAUUCCAUCAUUGGGAGGCCCCACAACAAUUGCAGCUCGGCAAAGUGGUUCUGGAAUUUCGUGGCUCUUCCCAUUUGUGGAUGGUCAUCCUCCAUUAGGCUGGCAUGACACAAUAUGUUAUCUUGUGUUGCCUGUUCUACUUGUUGCUUCCCAAUAUGUCUCUAUGGAGAUAAUGAAGCCACCCCAGAGCGAUGACCCGUCACAGAAGAACACACUGCUCGUUUUGAAAUUUCUUCCAUUUAUGAUUGGAUGGUUCUCUUUGUCUGUGCCAUCAGGAUUGUCCAUUUAUUGGUUUACGAACAAUGUCCUCAGCACAGCACAGCAGGUGUGGUUACGGAAAAUGGGAGGAGCAAAGCCUGUAGUCAGUGAGGGAGGUAGCGGAAUAAUUACAGCGGGACGUGCAAAACGCUCUAAUGCUCAACCAGCUGGGGAAAGGUUUAGGCAGCUAAAAGAACAAGAGAACAGGAGAAAACUCAACAAAGCACUCGCUUCAGGAGAUUCAAAAGCAUCGGCAUCAGCAUAUGACCCAGAGGAUGAAGAGUCAGAUGACGAGACCGAAGAAGAGGGAGGACCUGUGGAGGAAGCAUCCAACACUGGCAGUGACAAGAAACUUCCAAGUUACUCAGGGAAGAAGGGCAAAAGGUCGAAGAGGAAGCGCAUAGUGCAGUAAUCAUUACAGCCUAAUUGGACGUCAUUUUUGUCUCAACUGGUUAAUUCAGUUGACCAGUUCAGUGCCACAGUUGAUCUCAGAGACAAUUUUGAUGGUCUCUUGGAGGCCUAAACUUGAGGUGCACACCAAUAGACAUCCGGGAUCACAGGUAAUGUGCUGGUAAGUGGUCAGACCAAGUAGCUCAGUAUAUGCUAGGCUUGAGGGGGUGAUGGACAGUAGAACAGGAGUCAAGUAAAUGUACAAGCAGAGGUAAAGGAUCUGUAGAAGUAGAUAAAGAUACUCGUGUGUAUUCUGUAAGGUGGGUUCCGAAAUUCGGCAGAGUCUGGAUUGUACAGACCAUUCAUAUACAUCCCCUUUUUCUCCUCUUGUAACCUUAUAAAACCAUUGUUUGGAGGGUAUAUUGCGAAGCUGACAACUAGCCAGUCAUACAAAUGAGUUUUAAUGCAA